UCAGUUUCAAAACCCUAUUUCUCUCUCUCCCUCUCUCUUUCUGAUCAUUAACCAACAAACGUUCCUAGAUCUUCUCCUUACAGAGAUUUGGUAAUUCUUGGAUCGCCCGCAUAUCCACCUCAAAGUCAUACACCUUUUUAAACAUCUCUUUCUCUCCAAUACGCAAACCACACAUCCAUCUGCAGGUCUAUACUUAAUUUCUUGACCUUCUCUUCUCUCUUCACAACUCCCUUUACCUUAUUUUCUCCCUUCCUUUCACUCCCAAUAAAUUAAAGCAGAGUAGACAUGGUUCCAGAGAAGUAACCAAAAGCCUUCUGUUCCGAAACCUGUUAGGAACAAUGGCUGCACCACUAGGCAAUAGGCUCCAAAGCAUGUUGCAGGCUGCGGUGCAAUCUGUUCACUGGACUUAUAGCCUCUUCUGGCAACUUUGCCCACAACAAGUGAUUCUGGUUUGGGGUGAUGGGUACUACAAUGGGGCAAUCAAGACUAGGAAGACGGUGCAACCAAUGGAGGUGAGUGCUGAGGAGGCAUCUCUCCAAAGAAGCCAACAACUUAGAGAACUGUAUGAAUCACUGUCUGCCGGAGAGACAAAUCCGCCAACUCGACGGCCUUGCGCCGCCUUGUCGCCAGAGGACUUGACAGAAUCUGAAUGGUUCUAUUUGAUGUGUGUCUCAUUCUCCUUUCCUCCUGGUGUUGGGUUGCCUGGAAAGGCAUAUGCUAGGAGGCAGCAUGUUUGGCUCACUGGUGCAAACGAGGUGGACAGCAAAACAUUUUCACGAGCUAUUCUAGCCAAGAGUGCUCGAAUACAGACAGUGGUGUGCAUUCCUUUACUGGACGGCGUCGUUGAGUUUGGUACAACGGAUAAGGUUCAAGAAGACCUUAACUUCAUCCACCACGUGAAGACAUUCUUCGCAGACCACCACCACCCUCUGCCGCCAAAGCCCGCCUUGUCCGAGCACUCAACCUCCAACCCCAUCUCCUCCUCCGACCACAUCCCCGCCAUCAUGUACACCGUCGCAGACCCACCCGCAGCCAGUGCCGCCCUAAACGACGAGAUGGACGAAGAUGAAGAGGAAGAGGAGGAGGAGGAGGAAGAAGAAGAAGAGGAGGAGGAGGGAGCGGAGUCCGCCUCUGAGGACGAGACCCGAGGCGGCAUUGCUCGGCGGGUCACGACGCCGGAGAUGGAGGACGUGACGAGGGCGGAGCCCAGCGAGCUGAUGCAGCUGGAGAUGCCGGAGGAUAUCCGGGUCGGGUCUCCGAACGACGGGUCGAACAACUUGGACUCGGACUUCCACUUGCUGGCGGUGAGUCAAGGAGGAAACGCGGCGGGGCAGGCUGAGUCGAGCCUGAGAUGGGUCCCGAGUGAAGAGCCAUUACAAGUUCAACUACCAGCUUCAGCCCCUCAUCUAUUAGAAGACUUGACCCAAGAGGACAAUCACUACUCUGAAACCGUAUCCAACAUUCUCCAAAACCAGUCCAGCCGGUGGCCCACAUCGCCCACCUCCGUUGGCUACAUCACAUACUCCACGCAUUCAGCUUUCACAAAGUGGAGCAGCCGCGCCAGCCACCUCUUCCACCCGGCGGUGGACGGCCCCAGCCAGUGGCUCCUCAAGUACAUUCUCUUCACCGUCCCCUAUCUACACGCCAAGAACCCCGCCGACACUUCCCCCCAAACCGCCGCCGACCCCAAGCUGCGCGGCAAGGGAACGCCGCAGGAUGAGCUGAGCGCCAACCACGUGCUCGCGGAGCGCCGGCGCCGCGAGAAGCUGAACGAGCGGUUCGUAAUCCUGCGGUCACUGGUCCCCUUCGUCACCAAAAUGGACAAGGCAUCCAUUCUGGGUGACACCAUCGAGUAUGUGAAGCAGCUGCGGCGGAAGAUCCAGGAGCUGGAGGCGCGUAACCGCCACACUGAGGCGGAACACCGUUCCAAGCUCCCAGAGGUGACGGUUCAAAGGACGAGCAGCAAUUCGAGCAAGGAGCAGCAGAGGAGUGGGGUGACGGUGAUGGAGAAGAGGAAGGUGAGGAUCGUGGAAGGGGUGGCGGCGAAGGCGACGGCGGUGGAGGCUGAGACGGCAACAUCAGUGCAAGUUUCGAUCAUUGAGAGCGACGCACUGUUGGAGAUCGAGUGCGUCCACAGAGAAGGGUUGCUUCUUGAUGUGAUGCAGAUGCUGAGGGAGGUGAGAAUAGAGGUUAUUGGGGUGCAGUCAUCACUUAGCAAUGGCGUGUUCAUGGCGGAGUUGAGGGCUAAGGUGAAGGAACAUGCGAACGGGAAGAAGGUGAGCAUUGUGGAAGUGAAGAAGGCCCUUAACCAAAUCAUUCCCCAUCCUCUCCACUGAAUACCACUCUUCUAAUUUUCAUGCCUUAAUUAACUUUAUGGAUUAACUUCUCUUUAAUUAUUUUUUUCUUGUAAUAUCUAAUCACAAUGGCUUAAUGUGUAUCUAAGAUUGAUUGAAGCCAAAUGUGAUCCCCAUAAGCAUUCUCAGAAA